AUCUUUCGAUUUUCCUUAUCUUUCGUAUUUUCUCUCACUUUCUCGCAAGGGUUUCCAGUUUUCUCUGAUUUUUUUUUACCGUUUUGAUUCCACCCAAACAGCGCCUUCAGCUGAACCCGUCAGAAAUUUAGAUCCCUCUCUUCCAAAUAAAACCCUAAAUCUGGUUUCAACAAUGGCUACGACUUCGAAUGGCCCUGACAACUCAGGUGAUGUAAAUGGAAAAGAGGGAACAGUGAACGAGUCUGGGAAAGAAGAUGCUAUUGCUUUGAAUUCGGAGCUGAGUCCUGAAAAUACUGAGACGAAAUCACCCGUGGAGGCGAUGUGGGAGCAAAUGAAUAAGGGAAUACCUAAGAAUGCUCUGAGACAAUUCUCAAGCAGUAAAACCUCGGCCACAAAUAAAGCUUCAAAUAAUUGGAUGAGCUAUCUGCAAAUGAAACCGGCUGCACCUGCAGGGGCUCAAGAAAGACAGAAAGAGGUGAAGGCUUCAAGUGUGACCAAAGAGACCGAUGUCCUGAAUAAAGAUAAAGCAUCGAAGGAAACUACUGUGGUGCAGAACAAUGUCAGUGAUGAGGCGAAGAAGAUUGCUACGGCUGCACUCUCAGCUGUGAAAGACGCUGCUGCCGCUGCAGCUGCUGCUUCGAAUAGGGGGGAAAUUGAGAUAAGUGAGGUUCGAGACUUUGCCGGUCAAGAUAUUGAAAUAAAAAAGCGAAUUCAGGCUGAUUCGAAAGAAGCAGCUGAUAAAGCAAAAGGUACACCUUCUGCAGUAGAUGCCAUUCUCGAACAAAUCAAGAAGAAGCCAAAGCUCAGUGUGCUCGACAAGACGAAAAAGGAUUGGGGAGAAUUCAAGGAAGAAAAUAAGGGGAUGGAGGAUGAAUUGGAUGCAUAUAAGAAGAGUUCAAACCAGUAUUUGGAUAAGGUUUCUUUCUUGCAGCGGACUGAUUACAGGGAAUUCGAGAGGGAGAGAGAUGCAAGGCUUGCUCUACAGGCUAGGAGGAAACCGGAAAUGCGGGAGGACCCUUGAAUGCAUACAACCUAAGUUGUGUUUUAUUGCAUCAUCAUGCCGGAAGCUUCCGUAAGAAAGAGUUGUUUGAGAAUUGUGCAGGGGCCUUUUGUUCCCAUGAUUAGAAUGGAACUCUUUAGCUACAUUUCCAACUCAUCUGUGUUUCAAAUAAAUGUUUUUGUGGUCUCACUUCUCGAGUUC